AUGUCACAGACACCAGGCCCCGGUGGGUUCCACCACAAUCAUCAACAAAGUGAUGGUCGCAAGCUCUUCCACUUCCACCAGCAGUCUGUCUCAUACAACGGUGGUGGCCAGCAGGUCCCAGCACCGUCUUCCAUGAUGCUAAUAGCCCAGCCACAGAUGCUGAGAUCGCAGUUUCCACCAAUGCCAGGAAUGCUACCGCCACCCAACUUCUUGCAGCAAGCAGCUGAUCUACACAAUCAGGCCCAUGCACAGGCUAUGCAACAGCAUGCCCAGUUUAUGGCGCAACGUUCUCCAGCGCAAAUCCAGCAAGCUCUACCUCCAUCGAUGCCGCAGCAGGCUCAGAUUGGGUAUACGCCAUCGCAGGCUGCGACUCCUGAAGGGCAGUGUCAGCAGUACCAGCAGCAACAGCCGUUACAGCAACAGCAUCAAAUCACUGCGCCCCCUCAAGGCUUCGUCGAGGAGCAAGAUGGUAGUUCCGAGGAAGGAGGUGAUACCGACAGCGAAGACGAACGCCAAGUAGCUGAAGCAGCUCGCGUGGCCAAGGCAUACCAGCACCAGAAGGAAGAGAACGAGCGUCAGAGGAAGCAUUUCGAUGAGCGCCAAUUGGCUACCGAAAAGAAUAUGCAAACUAUGCAACGUAUCAUGGCUGAACAGCAACGCGAGAACCAGGAGCAAGAGGUCAAUGAGCAGCGUCGUCGCGAGCAGGACAAAGCUCAGCGGAAGUACGACGAGCAGGUCCGGCUAGCGAAUGAAGCAGCCGCGAAAGAAGCCAAAGAUCAAGCGCUUGCUGCGCAAAAAGCCGCUCACGAAGCGGAGAGGAGGCAGUGGCAGGUUCAGCAAGCCCAGGAGCAGGAAACACGGGAGGCCAAGGAGAACAGACGCCGCGAGAAAGCGGAACAUAGGGCUCAAGAGAAAGAAGCCAAGGAGGCUGCUAAGCUCGAGAAGCAGCACCACAAAGAAGAGCAGGCAGCUGCUAAGCGUGAGGAGGAGCGCCAGCAGGCCAUAUUGCAGUUCCAGCAGCAGCAGGAGAAGCAAAACCAGGACAUGGCGGCCAUGCGACAGCAGUUGGAGUACGAGCGGAGCCAGAAAUUUGAGAUCGAGCAGAGCCAUAGUCGAGAACUCGCAGCUCUCGCAGCGCAGUCUGCCUCGUGGCCACAGACCGGUUCAGCCGAGCUGCAAAAGGUCCUCGCCGAGCUACAAGCGCACAGUCUAAAGGAUCGAGAUGUGGCAAGAUUAGUGGAGGAGACCAUGAGUAGACAGCUCCAGGGUGUGGCGCGCUCGGAGGACCUGGAGAACUCGGUCGCGAAGGUGCAGAAGUCUUUGGGACAAUUGCCUGCUUCUGCUUCUGCGGCGGAUGUGCAGGAUGCUGUGUCCAAGGGUAUUGAUGACAUGGUCCAGAAGGCUGCUGCGAGGUAUGGGAAGCUACCUCAAAGGCAGGCGAUAGAAUAUGGAGGUCUGCAGCAGCGGAUUGUCAGUCAGCCAGGGCGGAGUCGAAUGAUUGGGCUGAAAUCGCAGCACAGCACGGGGAGUUCAAAAUGUGAGCUGAAGGCUUUGGAAGCACCAGGACUUGAAGCUUCCAGUUCCUGGAGUUCGAGCGCAUUGCCUGCUCCGAUUGAUCAUAUACCUGGACUCGCAGAGCAAAGGUCGAAGCGUGAGCCGAAAGCGUUGCCAGCGCCAGGACCUGAAGCCUCAAAAUUCAAGAGUAUAGAGGCAUUGCCUGCGCCGAUCGAUCAUACAUCCGAACUUGCGAACUCUGUCCAUGCUAGCCAAGCGAGCUAUAACACGUCCCUGGCCAGGGCGAAAUAUGGUAUACAAUCGCAUCAGCAUUUAGCACAAGGUCCGGCCACAGACACUGCAUCGAUCAAACUAGGUGGAGAGCAUGCUCUGGUCCGCUCCAAAAAGUCGUCCAAAGCACCAGCCAAAGCCAACCAGUCGGGGUCAUCAAAGCCACUGAAGCCAUUGAUGCCAGCGCCAAUGGUCGACCCAUCGUCUUUUCAUCUGAGAGUCGGCUUGAGCAAAGUAGCCGCUAUCGAUGCCGUCGCGAAGGCGAACCCAUCAGAACCGGCUUUUCCAUCGGAUGGAUCACUCACCGCGAGGGCGUUGAAGCAGUUGGCGGCGCCGGCAUCGGGCUCGCAUCAUACCGUAGCACCUUCAGUCAAGCCGAGCGAUGGUAAUGCUGUUAUACGUGUCAAGCAUUAUAAAGAGCCAAAGGCAGCACAGACGACCAUGCAACACGACGAUAAGGCUGUUGGUCCUGCCAAGCUAUCGAAGACUCACUCUGCUACGUCUUUGAGACCGCUGGCUAUAGGCGCGCUCGCUACCUUCUCGCAGCUUCACGCCGAGCCAUCCAGUGGUAAGUCCAAGGGUCCUGGGUCUGUGAAGCCGAGCGAUGAGAAUGCUAUGGUGCGGCAGAAGAAAGCUAAGGAUUUGGUGUCGGUUGAACCAAGUGGAGAGCAGGCCGUGGUACGCCAAAAGAAAGACAAGGGUCCUGUGUCGAUAAGACCAGGUGAUGAGAAUGCUAUGGUGCGGUAUAAAAAGACGGACAAGUGA